CUGACAAAUGGAAAGCGCCUUAAGCCUAAAGAAACUGCAGCCGAGGGAAAAUUCUUGGCGAGGCUUGCACACCCUCAAAAUUGUACUUGUAACUUAAUAGAGCAAAUGGAAAUACAGGUAAUAUUUCUCAUAUUCUGCUUCAUUUAUUUUGCGAGUAGUUUGACUGUUUGAAGUUGCUUUUUCGAUGAAGCGCAAUCAGUCGAAAAAUCAAUCAAUCGAAAAAAACAAACAAGCAAACAAAACAAAAUACUAAAACGCAACUAUUUUGAUUGUUAAGGAAUUAAAUUCAAAACACCUAGCGGUAACUUUAUUUUAACAGUUUGUAUCCGUCUGGGCGAGUUCAUAAAGAUACCAAAUUUGAAAAUUAAAACAGUGAACUGAUCCUUACGGCAGGAAGAGUGAUGGAAAAAAUGAAGUAAGAAAGCAAAAAUAAAAUACAUUUUAUUUUUGCGUUCUUUCUUGUUUUGUGGUAUUGAAGAUUUUACCGAUGCAGGUCUACUAAAGAUCCGUGGCUAACCCUCUGGAUUGUAGUUUAGUGGUUUUGCCUUGACAAGCGUUUAAUAAAACUGUGAAAGUUACUAGUACAGAAAUACGUGUAUCGCAGAACCUCACGAAGCACGGGUGAGGACGCCUGUAAAAUGUUAGCGAUGGGACGGCGGGAAAGAAAAAUAGUAAAUUUUGUCACUGGGGAGGGCGGGUUUCAACACCGGCUCUGAUAUUGGAAGCUGAGAUAUGCUCAAUCGCCUUUCGGUUGGAGUAAAUUCAAACGCAGUUCCUUGCCUUUAAAAAAGCAUCCUGAUAUGGGCAGCCAAAGUUGCGUAGGUCCCGUGUUCACAUUGGAUGCGGAGCGCAACAGGAAAUAACAGAUAUAAAUGGGCCUACUGAGUUUGCAUGUUCGGCCCUCGUGAUACUCGCGCGCUUCAAGCGCGACGAGAUUGUAAACUCGCUGUGCUCGCAGCAGCCGUCAUAGUUGGGUAUUCUAUAGUUCAAUACUUUACAGAGCGCUUGUCCUCGCGGCUUGCGAAGCAGGCACCGGCAGGAGCCGAUUAAUCGGCUUCUGACACCGGUUAUUAUUUUUUUAUAGGCCGCGCGAGGGGAAUGCGCGUCCUCGAGAUUUCUCCCUUCGCCCGGCUCGUGCAAUGCAGGGUGAAGUAAGGUAGUAGAAAAAUAUGAAACGGCAAACUGAUUCUUACGGCAAGGCGAUGAAGAAAUAAACAAAAGAAUAAAAAAAAUAUAUAUACAUAUUUAAACAAACUGCCCAAUAAUUCGGUUUGAAAACAAACCUUCUUCAGGGGCUAAAAGAAAUAUAUAUAUAUAUUUUUGUUUUAUUCUUUUCUUUAAUUCUUCGUCACCUUGCCGUAAGGGUCGGUUUGCCGUUUCAUACCUUUUUACAAGUUUAAUUGUACUGAUCCAGGUCUGCAACUGGGAGAUCCGGCACCACUCAUUGGUUUGUUGUUGUGGACCUGCUGACAUUCUAUAUAUUUUGAAAUAAACUAGGUCCAAGAAUAAUAUUAAGAAAAAUGUUUUUAUAAAGAAAGAAAUCAUUGUAAAUUUUAUGUACUGACCCCUUCCCCAAAGUGGUCGAGGAAGAAUCGAAGGAGAAGGAAAAUGCAGUGUCGACCAAAAUAAAAAUACUCUUUUAUAACAUGAGACACGAAUAAACUAAAGGAGACAUGCUAAAGAAGGACCGAUAAGUUUGCGUCUGUUCACUCAACCUUCAAAAGGUUGCGUAGCAAUCUUUAAAAUCGAAUUUCUUUAUGUAAAUUGUUUCAGCGAUGCUAAGUGACUAAAUGUUCUUGAAUUGUAUGAGGGCUUAAUUACUUGCCAUGCUAAACGACGGUUCUACAUCCAGUGAAAUGGACAACAAACGAAUGAUGGACCGAUCAUUUAAUCGUUGUUGUUAUUUUGCUUCUGCUGGUUAAAAUGUUCAUAUUAUUUCCAGUAAAAGAAAGGUAUGUAUUCAGAGUAUUUUCAUUAAACAUUAAUACAAAAUAUAAGAAUUAAAUAAAAAUAUCCAAAGUGAAUACUAAUUUAAAGUUCGACGUGGUACUCUAGUAAGUAAAGGCGAAUGUGUGGAACAAGUCGCCGAUAACUAGCGGCAUUGUUUGAGUCCCUUGACUCUGUACUUUGUGAUAUCACGAUGACUUCUAGAGUUUCAAAAUAAUUUAAUUACAAAUACAUCAUUCUGACAUUUCGCAAUGCUGAUAUUUUCCGAAAGGAAAGGUCACAGUACACGAACGCCGCAUCAGAGUGGAGCGGGCCUGGAGCCGAGUUUAUCAACAAACUUGCUUUAUUCAUUCCUCAAAAUCUAUUAGCUAUCCUUGCGAGAGAAGACAACAUGUUUAUUAAAGAGUAGUGCCAAGGAGACCAUCGAAAUCUAAUUGAACAGAACACCGUUACGAGCUCCCGGCGAUCUACCGGGAUGUUUUGCCACGUGAUUCACGGUCCAAGUCAAAAUGGUCCAAGCCAAAAUGUCUAACUCCAUCACUUGUUAAAGAUUCCAUGAUGGAAUAGAAAGCUUGUGUCUGCUUACAAGUUUUCUACGGCUGCGAUUUGAAAUCUCGUUUACUUUAAAGAUAGUUUGUAUCAUUACAAACUAACCCUUGCUUAAAUGAUUGCAUGCUCAUUUGAUACCUUUUUAGAAUCCAAAUGACCUUUUUCCUCAUUAAGAAACUGUUUUAUGGGAUUGGGCCGAGACGAGGGGCGCUUGUCAGUUAAUCGUAACCCGUUAUUAAACGGCUAAUACAUGGUUUCAUCAAAAGAGGUUCUCUGUUGGUUUCAUAGAAUCGUGACUCAUUGUCCAUUAGAAUAGUGUAGAAAUUUGUUUUAAAGUUUUUUUCAUUGUUACUUGCAGAAGUAAGCGCUUAAAAUCAGGGGCACCCAACAGCAAUUUUCGGGAAAAUAUCUGUUCGGAGGACGAUUUGAGAACUAGAAUUUUCGGAACAUUUGUUGUAAAAUUUCUUGCUUGCCUGCCUCUCCUAGGAUUUUCGAACAUCUACAAAAUGGUAUAAUUACCCAUUUUAAACGGAUAUUUACCCUAAAAAAGGCCACCUAGAAUUUUCGGGAGCCUUUUCCUGGCUGAAAUUUUCGAAAAGGUAAGUUUUGAUCCCUAUAAUUUUCGGAUCACUAGACUUUCAGCUAGGAAAUCCGAACAGAUGAAAAGUUUUUAGGGGAUAAAAAUAUGCCUAUAUCUACCGUUUAAAAACUAAAGUGCGUUCAACAAUGCUAUGUUAAGUGGUUUGGAACUAUAUCCUCGUUGGGUGCCCCUGUUAAAAUGUUAUGAAAUAAGCGCAAUGAAUGAAUAAAUAUGCAAGUCCGACAACUACACUACGAUUCUCUUUUUACAGGUAAAAAGAGAAAUGAUGGCAUCAAGAAUGCAGAAAGCGUUUCUUGUUUCUGUUCUGGUUUCUGCUGCAGUUAUUGUUCGCGACUUUUACAAUUGCAACACUUUUGUUGCUUUAAAUGUCUUGAAGAAGGCACGUGUCGAUGAAAGCUUUCUCUCUGACUGGUGCCGUCUUCAAAGAUCGCGCGUGGACUGGGAAGGAUUGGUUUCAAGCUGCCGACAUAAAAUGGCAUGGAAACACAGAGAAAUGAGUUCUAUGAACAGAACUGACCCAAAGAGAAGUUUUAUAUCCAGAUGGCAGUUACGACCACAAGGUUAAUGAAACUUCACGGAAUUACUUAAAUUAUUGUAUGGGUUAAAAUGCACACGCACAGUUCAUUUUAAUACUUUAUUAGGCUUUAUGAUUUUCCUCCCACAUUGCCGAGUUUAAGAAUGAUAAAUUUGGGUUUUUCUCACCUGACGACCGGAAUUCAGGAUUUUACGAAAGACUGUAAUUAUCAAUGGGACACUGGAUAUAGUGUUUUGCGAUGCGAGAUUCUGAAAAGCUCUCACACCCACAAUCCCCUGCGCACGAGAGUGUCACGUGUCUGUUUUGACGGUAUCACUUUUUUGUACCUUCAUAUCCUACUGGUACUCCGGAGAUGAGAUAAUGUUCCAGGGGGGAGAUCCCCGUAUAAAAGUUAUGGGAAUGCCCGUAGUCUCGUUUUGGGGCGUAAAUUGCAGAUUUUGAUCUCACUUAGGCUGUUUGGGAUGGAAGGUUACUAUAUUUGCCCAUUCAGGUAUCGCUUCGUAGUGUGCAUAAUGAUAAAUCUACAAAAAAUUCCCUAACGCUGACCACAAGGAAAUCUCCCGUAGGGGUCAGUUUAAGCUUGAGCCACAUCCACACUGGUCUCCCUUAGAGGUUUAAUUUGAGCUUUCCGACGAGCAUUCCCAUUACUUUCAUAUGGGAGUUCCAGGGAUAAUCUGAAAAUUUCGAAAGUGUUGUUUUGAAAAUAUUUGCUCUGGAGUGGGAUAAGCCGAUAAAAACCGGUAGUGUAAUGAAGGGGAUUGGGGAAAAUUUGGGCCGAGGUGACGGGAUGAUUUCCCUCGCACCAAUAGUCAUGGCUUAUUUAAAUAUGUUUUUCGACAUCAACCGAACUGCAUUGCUCUUGCUCUACAUUGAAGAUUUUAACCGGGGGUGGGGUUGGGGGAGAUAUCCUCAACAGGGACUUGAACACUGUUUUCCUAUUUUGAUCUUUUCUUGUAUCGCCUCAUGUAAAGGAAUCCAAGGCAGUCCUGGAUUGUAGAUUCCAUACCAUGGAUUCUGGAUUCCAAAGUCCAGGAUUCUGGAUUCGACGGCAAAAAUUUCCCAGAUUCUAAAAUCCGGAUUGCCUUAAAUGGCGCGACUUGUAGUUUCUUGGACGAGAAAUUCCUAAGACAUCAUACAACCCCAUAGCAGUGAUAUCAAUUUUGUGAUUAUUGUUUUCCUUGGUCUUUUCACCCUUAGGGGAAUUCAGCCGUUUCUUCAUUCAAUCCGUGACUAACGAUGGAGUUGUUAAGAGAACUGGAGGGGAUUCAUGGAGAGUACAUAUCAGACAAGGACCAGCAUCCCUUGCGCCUAUGGUUAUAGACCAUGAUGAUGGAACAUACGAGGUCAUGUUCCUUGCUCUUGAGCCUGGGAACUACUCAGCCAAGGUUUUCUUGGACUACACGCUUUGUGAAGGUUACAGGGAUCCGCCUGAGGAUUGGUAUUGCAAAGGUAGUGAUGGAGUACUGCAGUAAGUAAUACGAGAAUUAGUAGUCUUCCCAUAUAUAAACGCAACAAGACUUUACUUUGGUAUCUUCCAGGUACAGUCAUUUGUUUGACUCUCUGAAACGCUGACACCUUUUCCAAUACAGGCCAAUACUUGCCAAUACUAGCUCAGAAGAGACGGUUUCCAACUACAUGUAUUCAUUCUUGCGCCUUACACUCGAUCAGGUUUAAUGCUUCGCCAGCAAUUUUGGAGCUAUUAGUUCGGUUUUCAUUGAGUAAGUCAGACCCCAAAAGUACUCGGCUCGACAAAACUUAAUGGUAAAUAUUGUUGCAGAUAAUUUGCUCGGCCAGUCAAUUGAGUAGAAAUUGCAUUUUUUCAAUCCAAAUGUUUUGAAACCCGUUGCGACUUCUCCCAUUCGUAAAUAUUAUAAAUGCUUAAUUGAAAUAGCCUUAAAAAAUAGUUUCUUAAUUUGACUCCCUAAAUUCAGGGGACAUUCAAGGCCACAAACAACAGCAAGGCAUGUUGGGAUACACUGGUGACGAUUUCAUAAUGACUGCUCUACAGAGUGGGAAACCUGUGACUUUUCAUAUUGCGGAAUCUACAAAAAGAAAUGGUAUUAACCUUAUAUUAUUUAAUAAUUGUGCUUUAAAUUGACAAAUCUUUAGCAGGUACUGAAAGGUAAAGAGUUCAUACACGGCUUUUACACAAGGAGCCACAAGGGUUUGUGGCUCAGUAAAACAUUCAUUGUCUGUGAUACAACGUGAAGUAUCCAUUGAGCCAGAUAUAAGCAAAUUCUGAUGCAAGUUGUUGAAUAACAAGUAAAUCAUGUAAUUUAAUUGCAGGUUUGUUCAAGUUCAUUCUGCCAUUGGCAAAUGAUUCCCAUCUACCUGAUCUUUGGCGAUUAUCAUGUAAUGUCGAUUGCUCGAUGUUGCUAUGGAAUGGCUUUGGACGAUGGGUGAACGAGAAAUGGAAACCAUACAUUCCUGAAGGUCAAAUUAGUUAGAGAUAGUUGGGUCCGCGAAAUUGAGAAAGCGCGAACAUGAAAAUUUCGCCUGUCUUUCACUUAAGCGUCAUAUCUCAAUCUAUUGACAGCCUGGUACAUGCUAGUUUAAUGAGGCCCAUGUCACGUACAUAUCACGUGUUGUCAGUUACAGGUUUAAUGUUUUUUGCUUUCAAACCACCUUACGCUGUGUUAUCAUCAAGAGCCUCUGCUAGGAAGAAGAAAUUCCAAUGCAGUCACUUUGUUUCUUACAAUCUAGCAGAUCCUUACUCCGACUGGGAAGAGAGGGUAGGGGUGGUAGGUACUGAAUGAUUUCAAGCGCUUUAGCUAUCUUACCGGCAAAACCAAAGCCGCGGCAAAGAGGCACAUGCUACAAACUCCGCUAGCCAGUAACAUACGCAUGCGCACAGUCUUCGUCUUCUUCUUCCUCCCGGCAAACCUCGGAAUAUAAUAGCAUUUCCCAAUGUCAAAGAACAUAUUUUUAACUAUUACGAGAGUAAUAAUUUAUUAACUCUACUGUCUUUAGCUUAUGAAAACAAAGAGCGAGGAAGGAAUUCAAAACUAAGCACGUUAAUGGUGUAUGGAGACUCAAUAGGUGUUCAUUACUACAGGCUAGCAACAAACCGUCCGUUGUGUAAAGAGAUAUUUCGCACUUGUAGCAAGAAGUACAUGUGGACGUAUGAUGUAAGUUGGAAAAUAUUAAUGUCCUUUCUCUCAAUUGUUUCUUCUUUUUGGAAUAGUGGAAAAGAAAGAAUGCUGGAACAGGAGAAGGAAAAUAUAAUCAAUUUGAAUCAGAGCAAAAAUGAAUGAAACUACAGAAAUUUUAAGAGACUGGAUACUUUUCAGAAUAAUAAAAUUGUUAAAAAAUCCAUGAGCGUUUUAAGGAACUAUGAUGCUAAUCAUAGCACCAUGAUAUAUGAUGAUGAUCGAACCUGAAGUGGCAAAACCAUCCGAAUCUCGAGAAAACGUUGCCCAGCUGUACUACUUCCAUGCUAUAUAAAAUGCUCAUAUAAUGAACAUCGUUUAAUGAAAAUUAUUCAUCCUUUUGAUUGGCCGAGAGCGCACUACGUGACCUGCAAAUAACUGCCUACAACUAAUGGACUGCUCAUGCGCAAUGUCGUCCAGCUGUGUUGGGCCUAAGUGUUGGGCUGCAAAUAAUAUGCUGCUCAUGCGUAAAUGAUACCACGCUUUUCUCCUUCUUCAGCGAUCGCUCUUGCGUGAAAAUGGCAGAUCCGCUUCGCUUCUGCAAUCAGGAUAUUCAUUAACAACAAACUCGGUGAUCGAAUGAUGAAAUAACUAUUGAACUUAGUUAUCGCAAAAUAUCGUGAUUUGUCAGUGUCUCGCAGAUCAAUUAUUUGUCGAAGCGGAAGGCUGCUGCUCGCCACUGAUAAAUCAGGAUGUUUGGCUCAACCUCAGUCGUCUAAAAAUUGUUUUAGCAAUAAUUGGACUUAAGAGACUUUAAAAAGACUCAAUGGGUUUAAAAGACUUAAAAGUAGUAUUUGCACAAUUUUCCAAGUUUUCUUAGAUUAUUCUUAAUCCAGCCCAGUCGUAUUUUUGUUACCCUGCGAGCAGAGACUACAUUUUCGUGCUAUGAGCUGGCGUGGGAAAAGUAGCUACUUUUCGCACGCCAGCUCAUACCGCGAAAAUGUAGCCUCUGUUCGCAUGGUAUAUUUUUGUGCAUUCUUUAUCGCGAAAUUUGUAAUUUGGGUGAUCGUUGUUUAGUUCAGUAACUAUUCUUUUUCUAGGCUGAAUGGCAAAGGAAUGACAGCAAUGACUUUAACCAAAGCAUUGUACUUGGAGAAAUCAAACAGCUGUUGGGCAGACCAGGCAUGAAAGGAAACCGUAGCGUUUUCUUCUUUAACAUUGGCAUCCACUACUCCAUGUCACUUAACCUGACGACAUAUCAAAGGUUGAUCGACAAUGUAAUCAAGAUGUUAAAACAAGGCAGUGGUACAGAGGACGAAAAUAGAACGCAAAGCAGCGAGACUCUUUCCAUCUGGAGAAGCAGCACGGCUAUUGAAGCUGAAAAUUUUGGAAAGACCUUUUGGGGAGAAAACUUGACAGAGUGGAGAUUCCAUAACAACCCGGUAAGUCAAGAGCUACCGGAAAAAGGUCUGCCAUAGACUUGCGCUUAUAAACCCUGAGCUUAUGCAUCUCUUCCUAAGGGUUUUAAGGGGGGCUUAUAAACGGAGGGGUUAUAUCCUAGGGGGCUUUUAACCAGAAAAGAAAAACCGCUUAAAAACAAGCCGGUUAUAGCAGUGCUGAUCAAAAUACGUUUUGCAGUUAAUGGUUUUUAAUUAAGUUUUAAAACCUCACUGCUAAAUCAAAUCCAUUUCAAUACAUUUGGGGUGGGGCUAAUAUACGGGGGUUGCUUAUAAUCGGAUGUGUUUUUUUGGCUUACGGGUAGAUAGGUGUAUAACUUUCGGGGGGCAUAUAUAAGUGGGGGAGCUUAUAAGUAGCAGUUUACGUAACUUUUGACGCGUAUUUUCCGAGACGUUUCUUGGAAAAUCGAGCUCGAGAAAAAAGAAGUCGCGUCAUCAUGACGUCAUUUCCAAUUUCCAUGGUCUAUUUAAUAACAAUAUUUCAUGGUCUGAUAGACCCUAGUUCUCGGCAGAUCAGAGCGUGAACAGUCUAAUACAGGUUGACUUUGUAGCCAGAAACAUUCACGUGGCCAAAGCUGAUCUAAAUCAGUUUCAUCGUGGUUGGUUAUGACCUCUAUCAAAUCAGCCUUGCGCGAUGUUUUUAGCUUCUCUUCUGGUAUACGGUAAUUGAAAGAAAUAAGGUCGAGUUAGUUAGCUAGUUACUCAGGUAUUUAGUUGGUUAGUUAGUUAGUUAGUUAAUUACUUAGUUACUUAGUAACUAAGGGAAGGAACCCCAAGCCCUACCAAUUCACCAAUUACAAUGCACAACUGUAGUUUUUUCUUUAAAGAAUGUUUAAACAUUAACAGAGUUUUAUUCAAAAUAGCCACGGCCUGUGUAUUGCAUAUGUGACAAAGAGGGGCUCUCUACUCGCUGCCUUUGCUUCAGUAUAUCCGGCCACAUAAAUCUCACUAUUUUCUUUUAUUUUAAAGAGAGUUCAGCUCUUCAAUACCUACGCCACAAGCGCCAUGUGCAAGGCAGGGAUUCCAGUUCUUGAUAUGUAUCCGCUGACCGCUGCAUGGCCAAAAGGGACACGGGAUUCCAUUCACUACACCGAUGAGCCUAUGGAGCCUGCCGUUAGCAUUUUGCAGCGUUACCUUGUGGAAAAGUUACUAAAAACUUGA